AUGUCUCUCGUCGCCUCCCCCCUCACCAACACCUCCACCGCUCAAACCGCGCCCUCCUUCCACUCCGCCCCCGCCUGGUCCCUCAACGACACGCGCGCCCACCUCCCAAAAUGGUACGUGCCGGCCUUCUUCGUCGUGCUCGUCGCCUCGCUUGCGCUCCCAGCUGGCAAAGCGCGCAUCUACUCCACGCUCCCCAUCGUCCUCGGCUUGUGUGCGAUGCUACCGUACCAUACCGAAGGCUCCUUCAAGAAAGACUUCGAUCUGGGAAACCUGGUGCUCGGCUGGUUUUUGGUGUACAUCAGCUUGGUGCUUACGAGUCCUGAGACGCAGUUUUGGAAGCAGGAUGGGCGGAAGUUGUCGCCUGAGGAGAGGAUGAGGGAGUUGGAGGGGGCCGGGUAUCUGAAGAAGUUGGCGUGGAGUUUUAAUGUGUGGACUAAUCCUAGGGGCAUUGGGUGGAGUCAUCAGGUUGGGGGGUUGAGACCUGCUGCUCCUGAGGGGACGACUGUCAAAAGCUUCGUAGUUCGCAAGCUGGCAUAUGCGCUUGGAUUUUUCGUCACUCUAGAUGUCCUCCACCUCUGGUAUAAGCAUUUGGAAGCCAGCAGCGGUAACCCAAACUGGACGGUGUUUUCAGAGCCAAUUCCAAUUCGCAUCUUGAUAGGAUUGAGCAACCAGUUCCGAAUCUUCUGCGAGAUGGCAUCUAUGCACUCUCUCUGCGCUGCUUUGACUACCGCUGUGGGCAUCUACAAGCCAAGUGACUGGCCACCAAUUGUUGGACGUCUACAAAAUGCAUACAGCAUUAGACGAUUUUGGGGUAUGGUCUGGCAUCAAUUCAUGCGUCAAGUAGCACACUCCGGUGGCCUCCUCCUUUCCAGGGAUAUGUUCAAGCUUCCAAAGGGAUCUUCCAUCUCACGCCUCGUGUAUCUCGUGGGAGCUUUCGCCUCCACCGGUUUCUACCACACCAUCGUAACUGUCUAUGCGACUGCCUUCCGAGCUGGUCUCAACCCAUGUGGUGACUUGCAAUUCUUUGUCCUCCAAGCUGUAGGUAUGUUUAUGGAGGGUUGGGCGAUCGAUUUCGUGCUCUGGUCUGGUCAUGGUGGUAACAAGACUGGCUGGAAAUAUUUCGGGUAUUUGUGGUGGGCAUCUUGGUUGGGAUAUUCGUGUCUUUGGUAUCUUGAGGAGCUCCGAAAGGCUGGUCUCUGGGAUGUUGAUCUCAAGGUUCUAGGAUAUUUCGGCUUCACCUUGUAG